AUGGCGGGGCGUCCUACCUUGGCCAAUCGAUUAGUCACUGCCCCUCACAGGACAACAUUCUUGUCCCACUUUAACUUUAAUUGGAACACGGUAGAAGGCAUCCUUCUCAAGCCAAAAAGAACCAAUGGGAUAAUUCGAAGUGUCAGUUGGAAAUAUUUAGACCGAAACAAGAAAGAAGAAGGUUAUCGGUUGGAAUUUUCAGCCCUCUCAGCAGAAAAGAAAAGGGAAUUAAAGAAAGAAGGCUAUGACCGAAAUGGUGGACUCAAAAAGGGCAAAAAGAACGAUAAAGGUUGCAAGUUUUCCAAAGUGGAACCAAAAGAGCCUAGACAAAAGCAAAGUGGAUAA